CUAGCGUGCAGAUGCUCCACACGGGUUAAGCUAGUUGUUUCUGCUGCUGCUAUUGUUGUUGUUAUUUCCAUUUAUAUGGCACUUUACAAGGGGUGAGAUAACUGGUCUCUAUCCAGUAAGGCUUCUAAUCUGGAACAUAAAAACAAAGUUGACAAAGAAUAUGAAAUAAAGGCAGUUUCAAUAAAGGGAAAUAGGUGGUUAUUUCAGUUAUGUGUAUUUAAGCUUAGUUACAGAAGCUAAUGGAGACAAUAUGAAUUAUGCCAGAGACUUCAAAUGCUUAGCACGGCCUCGCAGAGGGCAUUGGUGCAUGUGCGGCCGUCGCCAAAAUGGCAGCCGCUUGCUCGUACGGAGGCCCGAAAGGGCCAAGAAGGGUUUCCAUAAUGGCCGCGGCGGUGAUGAGGAAGGCCGGUGGGGGGAGAGGGAACCCGUGCAGGGACACACACCCGGCGGCUUCAGCAAACCCCCCGAAGGGGCUAAAGUGCACCUAGUGGACAUUUGGAAUGUAAUAGAAGCACUGCGGGAAAAUUCUUUGAACAACUUGGAUCCGAACAUAGAGCUGAAUGUGGCUCGGCUUGAAGCUGUGCUGUCCACAGUUUUUUACCAACUCAACAAACGCAUGCCGACAACCCACCAGAUUAAUGUAGAGCAAUCCAUCAGCUUACUGCUCAACUUCUUGCUGGCAGCUUUUGACCCAGAAGGACAUGGAAAGAUUUCUGUGUUUGCUGUCAAAAUGGCUUUGGCAACACUUUGUGGGGGAAAGAUCAUGGAUAAAUUAAGAUAUAUAUUCUCAAUGAUUUCAGACACUAGCGGAGUAAUGGUUUAUGGAAGAUAUGACAUGUUUCUGCGAGAAGUCCUUAAACUGCCCACUGCAGUUUUUGAAGGCCCAUCUUUUGGCUACACGGAGCAAUCAGCAAAAUCAUGUUUUUCUCAACAGAAAAAAGUCACAUUGAAUUCUUUCUUGGACACUCUUAUGUCUGAUCCUCCACCACAGUGUCUGGUCUGGCUGCCACUUCUGCAUCGACUGGCAAAUGUUGAGAAUGUUUUCCACCCUGUUGAGUGUUCCUACUGCCAUAGCGAGAGCAUGAUGGGAUUUCGCUAUCGAUGCCAGCAGUGUCACAAUUACCAGCUCUGUCAAGAUUGCUUCUGGAGGGGGCAUGCCAGUGGUUCCCAUAGCAACCAGCACCAAAUGAAAGAAUACACGUCAUGGAAAUCACCUGCUAAGAAGCUAACUAAUGCCCUUAGCAAGUCUUUAAGCUGUGCUUCCAGCCGUGAACCUUUGCACCCAAUGUUCCCUGACCAGCCUGAAAAACCUCUAAACUUGGCUCACAUUGUGCCUCCCAGACCAGUUACCAGCAUGAAUGACACACUGUUCUCCCACUCUGUUCCCUCAGGAAGCCCUUUCACAAACAGAAGGUUACUUGAGAGUGUAAAUGCAGCCAAUCCUGUGGCUGAUGAGCAUUCUGUUAUAAAGCUGUAUGUAAAUCAGCUUCAGAACCAUUCACGUUGUCCUGUCUUAUUAAUUAGCUCUCCUUACAAGGAUAAUGAAGUAGAGCAGAACAAAUUGCUGGCUAGGGCUGCUCCAGCUUUUUUGAAAGGCAAAGGGUUACAGUAUAGCCUCGAUGUUGCAGACAGGCUGGCUGAUGAACAUGUUCUCAUUGGGUUGUAUGUCAACAUGCUCCAGAACAACCCCUCACGUUUGAUUGACAGUCCAAACCGUCUAGAUGAAGAGCACAGACUGAUCGCCAGGUAUGCAGCGAGACUGGCAGCAGAGACUUCAUCACAACCACAGCAGCAGCAACAGCAAAGAGGUGCUCCAGAUAUAUCAUUUUCUAUAGAUGCAAAUAAGCAGCAAAGACAGCUUAUUGCAGAACUUGAAAAUAAGAAUAGAGAAAUCUUACAAGAGAUUCACAGGCUGAGACUUGAACAUGAGCAAGCAUCUCAGCCCACCCCAGAGAAGGCAGCGCAGAAUCCUACUCUAUUGGCAGAACUCCGGCUCCUUAGACAGAGGAAGGAUGAACUGGAACAGAGGAUGUCUGCUCUUCAGGAAAGCCGGAGAGAGCUCAUGGUUCAAUUAGAAGGCCUCAUGAAAUUGCUCAAGGAAGAAGAACUGAAGCAGGGAACUCAGGGGGCAGGCUCUCCUCGUUCUUCUCCCAGCCACACUAUUAGUCGGCCUAUUCCUAUGCCAAUCAGAUCUGCAUCUGCUUGCUCUACUCCAGCCCACACACCUCAGGACUCUCUGACAGGUGUGGGAGGAGACGUGCAGGAAGCUUUUGCACAAGGUACAAGAAGAAAUUUAAGAAAUGACUUGUUGGUGGCAGCAGAUUCAAUCACCAAUACUAUGUCUUCUCUAGUGAAAGAACUAAACUCAGAAGUUGGGAGUGAGACCGAGAGUAAUGUGGAUUCUGAGUUUGGUCGGACUCAUUAUGACGACCUUGUUCCAUCGCCAACUUCGGAAAAGGCUUUCCUUGCACAGAUCCAUGCCCGGAAGCCAGGGUUCCUUCACAGUGCUGCUGCCACUGGGACCAUUCGGAGUGACAUGGUUACAGAAGAUGGAGACCCCUAUGUUAGAGCAGAUGAUGAGAACUAUGAGAAUGAUUCUGUCCGCCAGCUAGAGAAUGAGCUCAAGAUGGAGGAGUAUUUGAAACAAAAGCUGCAGGAUGAAGCUUAUCAGGAAAGCUGCAGUCAAAUAAACAACGAAAGCUCCAUAAGAACCAGUGAGGAGGAGAGCUCCACUCAGACUGAUGAGAGAGCGAGCCUGGUUGCCAGCUUCACAGAAGAAGUAAAAACACCAGCUCAGCAGCUCUGACAUAAGCGAACCAACUAGAUCUGAAGACUGUAGCACAGUGCUUUUGUUCUACAAGUUGUAGUUUAUAGGUGUUUGUUUUUGAAGCAAAAAUAAGACUUUUAUUUAAAGCUAAUUUAUAUCAGCUACAUCUUAUGUAACAUGGCUCAUUACUGGUGAAGAACACAGGCUGAAAAGAAGCUGCUGUUACAAUUAACAGCAGUACAACAAAACACUUAAGUCCUUUGCACAUAAUGUUGAACCUAUUCAGUUUACAAUGACAAUAUUAAUACUGUUUAUAUUAGAAGUUUGAUUUCUGAAUAGUUUGAGAUUUUAGAACACUUUCCUACACAGUGUACAUUGUUUUUUCCACAGAGAGAAUUUUAAAAGCUACAAUGAUUCAUGUAACACUAAACAAAUAUAUUCCUGUGUGUACAUAUUUAUAGCCCCAAAAGUAAGUACUAGACUACAGCUGCAAUCCUGCACCCAGUUCCAUGUACUCAAGUCCCACUGAUUUGGCUGAGGCUUCAAUACACAAAACCAGAUGCAGCGUUGCAGCCUUAUAUUGCAAUUUGUUUCAGAGUCUUUCUGCAAACAAACAAGACUUGUACAAAAUGCACUAAAAAGUAUCUCUAUGAUUUAGGGCUACUACAUAACUUAGGAAUGUUUUCUUUCAAAGUAAUCUAACAAAUCAGCCAUAGAAGUUAGUGUAAAUAUUUUCUUUCCAAAUAAAUAUCAUAUACAAAAGGCAACAUUCAAAUGAUAUAGAAUCUAGUUUUUAAAAUCAGCACAGAUCUUCUUAAAACUGUGAACUAUGUUUUGAAAUACUCGUUGCUAAUGCUGUUUAUAAACCACAGGUGCCAUAAAACCCCUAAACUGAUUCACGUUAUGUAUAAUCUUUCAUGGUAUUGUUUUAUUGCUGUUUUAGAGCUUUAGUAAGCAUGUGUUCUUUCACAUUUCAACCAUCCCUCAUAUCCUGUUUGUUGAGGUCUCCAGCUUUAAAUGUACAGGCUUUAAAAGUGCGCUUGCAACUGUUUUUCUUUUAUUUCUGAAUGUGCAUUGCCUUAGCAAGCCACCAGAUGUUCUGCAUGCAUUCUUGGAAACGUGUAGUGAGACUUUCUUUCAGGGCUGAAUGGGGAAUUAGCGAUCUAUGAAAAGCACCAGGAGAAAAUGUGUCCUUAAAAAGAGAGAGUUGGAAUUAUAAAGGUUUCUCUUUGAAUAAUUCUUAAACAUCCUACUUUUACUAUGACAGAGAUAAGAGAAAUUGUGGGCUUUUGAAUCCAACAGGAUUAAUUAAUAUAAAAAGAAGGAAAAUAUGUCAUGAAACUUCUCGGCCAUUGCUAUAUGCAGUUGCUUGGCUAGUAACAUCUCACCAAGCACAAGGACCUUUGAUCUGAGAAGAAAACAGAAAGGAAUCUAGGAAUUGCUAGGGUUCCAUUCAGGUCUUUCAUACAUGGUGCAAGGAUGCUAAUAUUAAGCAUGAACUUAGAAGAGGCUCAAGUCUAUAAAUCCACAAGGUCAUAGAUGCAUUGUAGAAAGUUGUCCUGUUAUAUUAGUAAAUAAAUUUGACUGCAAGCAAACAUCACUCAGUUUGCAUAAGGUUUGUCCAAAUAAGAAGUUUAAUCCUGCUGAUUCUACUAGGAAUAAGCUUUAGACAUGAGCUUGAUUCAGACAUUAUGCUGUACGAGUGUAUAGAUGUCUGGAAACUCAUACAUGUGUUUGUGUGAAUGACUGUAUCUGUGUUCAUUUUAAAAGUGAACCUGGACACAGGCCCUUCAAAUACAUGGUACAGACAGAAAGUGUACUUGUCACUGCAUUUAACGUAACAUGUGAAUGACUGCAUCUGUGUACAGAUUAUCUGUACCUGUGUACACUGUAUACUCAUUGUAGAAGUGUUGAACAUAAUGUGUGAAUGGGCCUAUGGUUUAUUUGGAUUAAAUGGUUACUGCUAUUUUUCACAUAUACACAAAAUCAUUGCUACUACCACUGGUCAUCUUCUUCCUUGUGUUUUAGCAAUAUCUCCAGGCAGUCAAAUCACACAGUUCAGAUAUCUGCAGAAAAUAAAAUCAGUUUCCACAGAGACACCUCCAACUCACCUUUGCAAUAAUUAAUCUUUACUCCUGUAAUAACGGUCAACCAAACAAGGUGGGCACUAUACAUAAUCCGUGACCACUUACCUCUCCUACAUCCUUCUCUCAGGAACUAGUUACCCCCACUAGUGCCUAGCACUCAGCAGAUAAAACCAUUACAAUAUAUUGGCAAACCUUGCUGACCGCUCAGGACUAGAAUCAACUAUGUCUGAAUGAUUCCAAUCCAUCCACAUGACUCUCACAGGGAUAAUAACCGUGUUGCUUUAACACCAACCUUUAUUUACACACCAGCAUUGCUAAGACCCAUGCAUAAGUCUAGCCGUUGCAAGGAUUGUGUCACAGUUAACUGUCAUUGUGAGCCAAGUUCCAUUCCCUCAGUCCAAUUUCAGCACAGAAUCCUGAAGCAGAGCUCUAGGUGGCCUCUUGUACUCUUGAACCCCCAGUUGAAGCACUUUUUAAUUUGCCUCUUCAAAACCAAAACUCAGUUUUACCACUGUACCCAGCUUUUAAGCUGGCUGUGGCCCCACAAAAAGGUGAUACGUUCCCCCAGUUUCUCCUACACAUGGUAGGGGAGCAGGAGGGCUCCUUCUCUUGCCACUUACCACAUGCAGACAUCCCACUUCUGAGACCACCAGACAUCAAUGUUUGGGCGCAACAUGUGAGUAAGGUGUGCACACAUAAAAUCCCAGGGAUCUAGGCCCGGACUGCAUGGUCAAUUCCCAGAUUUUAGCUGGGAUAUCAGUUGCACUGUGGAGGCCUACAUGUGCUAUAUUUUAUAUGUGUAUGAGGCCCUGUUCAAUGUCAUGCACACUUGUGGGUGCCUGGUGGGCAGAGUGAGAAGGUGCAAUCUUGCCCACACACGCAUCCAUGUACAAGAAUGAUUGGGAGAGAGUUUUGUCCCAACUGGACCUAUGGGUUAGUCCGCUCAGUCCUUGUCUGUUUGCUAAACUUGGUUUGGAUUGUGGAUUGUGAAGUCAUAGAAAGUGUUGAACUGGCCUUUAUAAUUCUUUAUGGCCAGCAACUGCAGCCAAAAACUCCUUGUAGAUUGUCAAUGGGAAGGUAGUAAAGAUGCAGGAAUCAGAAUGUGAAGAAUAGGAUUCUUGAAUGUUGAAAGAAAAGAUGGAGAAUAGAUUCUCUAAGUAGUAAUGUUAACUUAAAAACUGCAUUAAAAGGUGUGUGGCCUUUGUUGUGAUAAUAUGUAUUUUCUUAUAUGCAUGAGACAAAAUGUUGCAUCAUUAUUUAGCACAGAUGUCUGCCUUUACUUUAAUCAUCUUCUCCCAUACUUAUUAGUUUCUUGGAAUUGCUGUAGAUAUAUCUUGUAAAUACUGCAACUUCAAGUUGCUAUGGUUAUGUUGGUUCAAUUCAGUGCAAGCAGCCUUGAACGACGAGCAUUUCGUUGUGUCCUGAGAAGAGAGGGCAUUUCUCCUUGUGAACCAAAAAUGUAUGAAGAGUUACAUCUUGAGGCUACUAACUGUCUGAUGUUUUUAACUACUGUUAUUUCACACCAGUCCAGACAGACACACACUAAAAAAUUUCACAGUAUUCAUUGGUAUUGUAAACAGAACUAUUGUUGUAUAAGGUUUUUUGUAUUGCUGUUAAGUAUUGUUGUGUGUGUGUGUUCAGACUUACUGGGGACAUGUUAUAUUUUGAAGUGAUUAAACUAUUUAAUUGUGUGUCUAUAUUUUGGAAUGGAAUUAUUUCUUCAUUAAAAAAAAAAAGAUUUUUAAAAGUAA